AUGCAAAAUUCCGAAUGUUGUGAAGCCGGUAGAAAGAAAAGGAGCAACUACGCUGCCGCGAGCAGGGACUCCGGAGUUGCUCUCCGAGGCGCUCGCCCUGCCGCCCUGCUCGCCCUGCCGCCGCUGUUUACCCUCGCCGGUCGGUGUCUCUUUGUUGUGCUGGCUGGAAGGCAGGGGUGGCCCUCGGGGUCCCGAGUGGAGUUUGGGGGAGAGGACGCGGAGAGGUGCGGUCCUGCGUGGGAAGUGGGGCUGCCGGCGCGGGACUUCGGUCUAGCAGGGCCGCGGCCCGCUCACGGCCGGGCAGCCGCCGCGCGUCCGCCUCCUUUGUGCGGGCCGCCCUCCUCGGCCGCCGGGCCGCGCGGCGCCGUCCUUCUCCCCUCGGACUCCCGGCGCUCAGGUCGCCGCCACCAGCUCUGCUUCAGAACGACCCCUGGCAGCGUUGCGGUCGCCGUUCCUACCCCGGAAGGUCCGCCGCCUGCCCCACUCCCCGCCGGGGUAGUUUCGAGAUCACCCCCACCCCCAUCCCCACCCCCACCCCCACCCCGUCCGCCGCCGCUGGCCUCUCUGCCUCCGCCCCCUCUCCCCGCUCGGACUGCGGAGCUGAGUGUCCCCCCCACCCAUGUGGGCCUCUUUUCCUGCCUGGUGUAG